AUGUUGUUCUCAACUCUCAUCUCUACUACACAACAGCUACGCCCACUGGGACCUCACACCAUACUCUUUUUAGACUACCCAUUGUAUGGUUGCAGCAAAUUUUCCUUCCUCAAGACUAAUUACUCUUUUCUGUGCCGGCCUGGAGAUGGAAUGAAAGGAUUCUUUGAGCUUCUUUAUGAAGAGCCAAUUAAGCUGAUGAUUCUUGGGGCAAGCUGCUCGGUAGUUUCACAGCCUGUAGCGGAGACUAGCAAACAUUGGAACCUUGUGCAGAUGUCCUUUAGUUCAGCGUCAGAUGUACUGUCCCUACGGAACCGAUUUCCUUAUUUCUUCCGGACCAAUCCGGCUGAAUCCGGCGUUAAUACACCUCGGAUCGCCAUCCUCAAGGAGUUCGGAUGGGAGAGGGUGGCAAUCAUACAUGACAACAGCGAAGUGUUUACAAGUGCAACUAACAAGUUUUUGGAAGAUCUCGCAAAAAACAACAUAACUUUGGUGGCCAAGGAGUCUUUCACUGCUGGUGAAAAACCUACAGUUCAACUCCAAAGCAUGAAGAACAAAGAUGCACGCAUCAUAAUAGCCAGCGCACAGGAGGAAGGCUAUCAACAAAUGUUCUGUGAGGCCUACCACGUGGGGCUAUAUGGCAAGAGAUACGUGUGGAUAAUCAACAGCUACAACAGCGUUGAUUGGUGGAAGAAUGUCACGUGGCUUGGGUGUACUGAGGAGGAGAUGCACAAAGUUGUUGAUAAUUACAUCGGUGCGGUGGUCCUGGGUUCACGUACCGACAGAAACAAGACAGUGUCUGGAUUGACAGCCAGUGGUUACGAGGAUGCCUAUAUUGCUUAUACGCAAGGCGUACCAUACUCCGGGGUCGAGUAUGGCUCGUUUGGUUACGAUGCCGUCUGGGCAGUGGCUCUGGCCCUACACCGCGUUGUACAGCAACUUGAAGCAGAAAACGCAACUUUGAAAAUCGAGGAUUUCGACUACAGCAAUACCAACCGUCUGAGAGACAGAUUUGUCAAGACGUUAUCGGAGCUAGUCUUUGAAGGAAUAACGGGGUUGGUUUUGUUUGACUUGUCAGGAAAUCGUAUAUCGCCCUAUAAAAUCGAACAACUCAUAGAUGGAGUGGAGGAGACAGUCGGUUUUUAUCUCCAUGAUAGGCCAUUUGGUUUACAAUGGAUGAGAGAGACCAAGUUUGUCUUCACAGGUGGCAUCGUACCCAGAGAUGGUCCGUCACGAGAGGUGGUUUACCUUGGUAUAGAGCCCUCUACGUUCAUUGCGUUCGCUUCCCUCGCCGUGAUAGGGAUGAUCAUGACAGUCGUCUUCUUGAUCUUUAACGUCAGCUGCAGAAAUAGAAAGGUGGUGAAGCUGUCAUGCCCCAAAGUUAACAACGUCAUUGCCAUCGGCUGUUUCAUGUGCUACACCGACGUCAUCCUCAGCGGGCUAGACGGAAAUCUUGUAUCAAAAACGGCCAUGAACAGCCUAUGUUUGGCCCGAGUGUGGAUACUGCCCAUCUCGUUCACGCUUGCCUUCGGCGGUCUUUUCGCAAAGACUUGGAGAGUUCAUGUGAUUUUCGGUAAUAGAACGGCGAAGAGAACAAGGAUCUUUGAUUACCAUCUCUUCAUGAUCAUAGGCGUGCUAGUCGUGGUUGAUAUCGCUAUUAUGUCUGUAUGGACAGCAUGUGACCCGGUUCAACUCAUUCAAACAACCCUACCCGAUUUGCAUGAUGUAGAUGGCGAUAAGAUUAUUGUCCGGAUACUGGACAAGUGUGACUCGCCAAACUCGCCCAGUUUCUUGUGGUCAGGUAUCAUGUUUGGGUGGAAGGGACUGCUGCUAGUCUAUGGGGCUUUCCUGGCCUGGGAAUCAAGGAAAGUCACAAUGGUACAUCUGAACGAUUCCAAGUUCAUCGCCAUCGCAAUCUACAACGUGGCUAUUCCAAGUAUUAUCAUCGCCCCUCUGGUCCAUCUACUUGACAUUGAACAACCCAGCAUCACUUUUACUCUCAGUGCCUCUUGCAUUACCUUCGGGACUACAAUCACUAACUGUCUUAUAUUCCUUCCAAAGAUAAUUGCCUUGUGGCAUGUUAAAGAUGAGCAACCUGAACAAAGACUGUUCACCAUCUAUUCAUCUCAGAACCAAGUAGCGCCAUUACAGACUGGAAUGAGCCGGAAACCAGACCUCACCCUCCUCAGGGAAAAGGAGACUGAGAUAGUAGAACUCAAACAACAACUGCAACAGCAAUUGACUGAGAACGGAGACUUGCUUGAAAAGAUACGGAUAUUGCAACAAGGACCGCAGCCGUGUUCUUCUGGUACUUAACGGCACUGGACACCAGUGGUAAUAAUU